GCUAUAACUACUACUUAUAUAUACCGGUCCAGUCCCUCGUGCCUGGCGAGUGCUCCGGAUCCUGCAAGUGCGAUCACGCCUCUCGAAAAGCUCCUCCGUGCCAUGGUCACUUGCGAGCCUCUCACAACUCCCUAAUACCUACAUACAUACCUACAUACCCGCCUUUUAGUCGGUAUCUAAAUCGAAAUCAUCAUCAUCAUCGAAAACAUCACAUCACCAUGAAGACCUCCACAAUGGUCGCCGUCGAGGCCGUGGGCCUCACCAUCAGCGCCAUCCUUAUCAUCCUCCGCGUCGUCAUCCUCUUCCGCCGGCGAGUCUGCCUCACUACGCUCGAGUUGCUGAGUGCCAUAUGCAUGAUAGUCGCCUGUCUGUGCACUAUCUUCAUCAUGGGCUCCUGGGUGAAUCAAGGAGGAACCAUCCUUCGCUGGAUCUCGGAAGGCAAAACCGAAGCCCAGAUCCGGGCGAAGCUGUCGACCCCGGAACCACUCAAGAUCGUGUACGCCGUCGACAUCGCCACCAUAUUCGCGCUGUGGCUGUCGAAGGCCUCCUUUUUGGCCUCGUAUGCCCCCGCAUACCGCGGCUUCGAACCCAGACUGCGGGCGCUGUUCGCUAUCACCAUCGGGAUCACCGCCGUCACCUUUUGUGCCUCGUUUGGGAUGUUUACGUUCUAUUGCUAUCCCAUCGAGAAGAACUGGCAUCCGCACGCCGGACCAGGCGGCAUCUGCAUCAUUGCCGUCGCCUUCGCGCCGCUCGUAACCGCCUGCGUUCUCAACGUUUUCACCGAUUUCUUCGUCCUCGCGGUCCCCAUCUUCGCCCUCCUGCAGCUCCCACGCCGAUCGCGAACCCAGCGCUACGGCGUAGCGACCAUCGUCGCCCUCGGCGUGAUCUCAGUGAUCGUCAGCUUCUACCGGAUCAUCGACGCCAAGGUCGGCGGCUACACCGACGGCCAGUUCCUGACGCUCGCGAAGCGCAACGUGCACAUCGUCGGCACAAUGGUCAUGGUCGUGCCAGUGCUCGUUGCGUUCUCGCUGCCGAAUCUGCGAGUGUUCUGGCGCGGCGGGAAGGAGCCCGGCGCCAAUGGGUACUAUGGGCAGCGGAGCGAGGAGCGGUCUGGACCGACGCCGCAGGUGGACCCGCGCGGCGUCAUCGGUGACGGCGAUAGUUAUCACAAUCUGGUGCCGGGGAAUUCUAUGAAGGCCGAUGCGAUCAUUAUGCACCACCGAGGUCGCGUAUGAUCGGUCGGCUGACCGUUGUAAUGGGGAAUGAAUAUGACUCAAAUCAAACUAUCGGAGCCUCGUGCGAGUAGUAAGCGGGAGGAGCACGGGUGUCGGCGGACGCCUGUUCCACUCAGAGACGUCCUGCUGAAGUAGUGGUCGCUACCUAUGAUGUACAUAGCCAGUUGUUCGCGCCCGAUCCCAUCUGCACCGCAGCAUUUCAGCAUCAAUCACAUCCGAGCAGUGGAAGACGGGAGCGACAACAUCUCUUCUGGAGGAGAGGGUGGGGGAGCAUGGGGGAGCAUGGGGGAACAGGAAGAAAAACCAAGGGGUACGUGUUGGAGAG